GGGAAUGCCUAGACUCUAGAGCCUCAGCUAAGGCUAUGGCUUCAGGCUACAAACACACACUGUUGUCAACAGGCCAGGGAUCCAGCCCAUCCAGACGCGCGAACGUUGUUAAAGCGGCAAGAAUCUCGCCCAGCUGAGGCGCUUGUUAUAAGUUGCAAGGUUUAGCUCUCGGCACGGUGCAUUGCAAGCAACCAGAGGGCGCGGCAUUCGACGAAUAUGGCGCCCCGCUCCGUUUUACGCAGCUCCCGAGCUGCACGCUAUGUGAUGCUGCUCCUGGCCAACUUGGCCGUCUCCGCUCUUAUCAUCAGUGCGAUGCUCUCGGCCAGGGAGCCGUCUCACGUGGACGCUGUGUCGACGAGUGGAGGCCCCACAAUAGCUUCACACACGAGCCGCAAGCUGCAGCAAGUGGUCGACCCUGCACCGGGCGCGGCGGUCCUCCCCGUCGACACAAAGUGCCCCGCCGACCAGAACGGCAUCCCGUCCAACGCGUGCUUCAGCGCCAACGGCCUAACCCACGUUUGCUGCAUUGACCCGGACUCGUGCGGGCCGAACGACGCCUCUGGUGGCGCCACGUGUGCGCACCAGCAGUACCUCACGUUCAGCAAGGAGACGUUCCAACUCGUCGGCCCCAUGGUGGUCUGCCCCGUCUGCCAGGGCGCCCCGUCGAACCCGUGCUACAGCUCAUACGGCGACACCAAGGUCUGCUGCCAGAACCCGAGCAGCUGUGACCCCGCGACCGGCCCAGCCAUGUGCACUGGCGGCGAGUACGUCACCUUCACGGGGACCUUCGAGAGCCCGGUCCCCAUCGGCUGCUAAACGACGCGGUCCGUGUCCGUGUUUCCCGGGUCUCAAUAAGCGGCCCCCUCAGUCUAUAUAAGCACUCCCCCUUCAAUAGGUCUGCGAGCUCUCGCCAUGUGCGGUAGUUAGUUUCGUAACUUAUGAGGAGCGACAACCAACUGUGCUGUCACGUACAUCUUACGAGUGGUGUCGACACGCGUUGUAAUUUGUGGUCGAAUAAAAUGCCUGCGCGGUCACUUCGCGCCAUCAUCACGUGCCAAGAAAAUUUGGCCGAUACCACAAACGAUUCAAGGUACUCCAGUACUUAGCCUCCAGUAUAAUUUAUUGCGUCACCCAAACACUAUCUAGAGGGGCAUUGGAGUAGUGGCGUUCUAAGUUAUUUGAAGGCUCAUAGAAAGACAGAUUGGUG